AUGUAUUCAUCUGGAUCAGAAUUUCCGCAGCGUUCCCCGAAGAGAAAAUUGGCGUCUCUGGGCAAAGAAGAUACAUCUGGCACAUCUGGCGGCCAGCACGCGAAGACACCCUCGGCAUCUAAAAAGCCGAUGGAAGUGGCGGCUGCCACGGCCCACUCUCUUACAGACGAGAUGAGGCAGAUCAUAUGCAAGAUACCGCAUUACGCGUCCACUGCCAUCGGCCUCCUCGAUCUCUAUCUGUGUCUGUGGGAGUGCUACGUGAUCCAUUCGGCCCACCGGAUCCGCUUGGAGGAGGAACACCGCCUGCUCCACAAAUUUACUACCUGGCUGGAGAGCGAGGAUCAACAGCGCCGACAGGUCUGUGACAAUCGUGAGACGCUGUUGUGGGAUCGGCGGCAGGCGUAUCUCGCUGUACAUCAAGGAGUGCUCGAAGUCUUGCAGAGCAGUGAGCGACCAUGCCGAGUAGCCGAGCUGCCAUGA